GAUCGUGAAACAACCGGACAGCUCCGUGGUGCUGAAACUGCACUCCGAAAACGCUCUCGUCCUGUUAUAAUGUCGAAAUAUCCUCAGAAUGUAAUUUGUUGAAUAUGUUUGAGAUCAAGGACAUUACACCAAAAUUCAACAUUGCUGGAAAUGCACAUUAUAUCGUUUGAAGUGCAGUGUUCCCGCACACAACAACGAGCCCUUCUGUAACAAUGCAGUCUUGUAAAAGGUACGUGCUGCUCGUUGUUCUUCUUUCCUUCGUUCAUCACAUAUCGACUUCAGUGACCCAUUAUUCAAUACCAGAGGAAAUGAAAGAAGGAUCAGUUGUAGCAAACCUUGCUACCGAUCUCAGUUUGGAUGUUAAAACACUGAAUCAGAGGAAGAUGCGUCUCGACAUCAUUGCAAAUAAGAAAUAUCUGGAUGUGAACAAAGAGACGGGUGAACUGUACAUUGUUGAGAAGAUAGACAGGGAAUAUAUUUGUACAAAAAUGCUGACAUUGUGUUACUUGAAAAUGGAAGUAAUACUAGAAAAUCCAGUACGAAUUUUUAAUAUAGAACUAGAAAUAAUGGAUAUGAACGACAACGCCCCACAGUUUCGAAGAGACGUCAUACAUUUAGAUAUUUCCGAAGCGACGCCAAAAGGGGAGAGAUUCUCUCUCAGCAAUGCAGUUGAUCCUGAUGUUGGAAGCAAUUCAGUGAAAACAUAUCAUCUGAGUGAAAGUGCACAUUUUAAUAUUGAAGUUCAGACCGGGAGAGAUGGGUCGAAGUUUGCCGAAUUAAUCUUAACAAAGAAUUUAGAUCGAGAGCAGCAAGCUGUUCAUAAUUUAAUACUCACAGCUGUAGAUGGAGGCACACCUGCACGUUCUGGCACUGCAAGUGUUAUAGUUCGUGUUUUAGACACAAAUGACAACGCUCCUGCUUUUGACCAAGUGAGUUACAAUCUAAAAAUAAUGGAAAAUUCUCCCAUAGGGAGCCUUGUUAUUCAUCUUAAUGCAACAGACUUAGACGAGGGUUCAAAUUCUGAUAUCACGUACUCAUAUAGUUUAUAUACGUCAGAGAAAACACAAGAAACAUUCAACCUGAAUCCUUCCACUGGUGAAAUUAAUGUUAAAGGAAUGUUAAAUUAUGAGGAUUUCAGGAUUUAUGAUAUGGAAGUUAUAGCAACCGACAAAGGAGCCAAUAGUUUGUCAGGACAAUGUACCAUAAAGAUUCUGGUUGAAGACAUGAAUGAUAAUCACCCAGAAAUAUCUAUUAAAUCAUUUCAGAGUCCAGUUAAUGAAAACGUAGAAUUAGACACAGUGAUAGCUGUAGUUAGUGUCAGUGAUAAAGACUCAGGUGACAACGGAGUGGUAGAUCUGCAUAUUCCAGAUAACAUGCCUUUCAGACUGAGGGAGUCCUCUGAUAACUAUUAUGAAUUAGUAGUGUCAGAGCCGUUAGACCGCGAGAAGGUCCCAGAAUAUGACAUCACUUUCACUGUUACAGACAGAGGUUCUCCUCCUUUAUCUGACAAUGAAACUAUGACGUUAGAGCUGCUGGAUGUGAAUGACAAUGUUCCACAGUUCCCUCAAUCAUUUUAUACUAUACGUGUAACGGAGAAUAACGCACCUGGGGCCUUGCUGAGUUCACUCUCUGCGUUUGACCCUGACCUCCAUGAAAACCAGUAUCUAGUUUAUUUCAUCCUAGAGAAGGAGAUAGCCAACACCUCCAUGUCCAUGCUGUUCUCCAUCAAUCCAGAGAACGGGAACCUUUACGCACUAAAAACUUUUGACUAUGAGAUCGAGAAGGAGUUUCUUUUCCACAUCGAGGCCAGAGACUCUGGCUCUCCUCCACUGAGCAGUAACGUGACCGUGCACAUCAUUAUUGUGGACCAGAACGACAACGCUCCGGUUAUUGUGUCUCCGUGGCGCGCGCACGGCUCUGUGGUGGAGGAAAAGAUCCCCAGAUCCACCGAUAAAGGCUCUCUGGUUGCCAAAGUGAUAGCCUUAGACACCGACUCGGUGCACAACUCUCGGAUCACCUACCAGUUCCUACAGGUGACUGACGCCACCUUGUUCAGUCUGGACCAGUACAACGGAGAGAUCCGGACUAUGAGGAUGUUCAGUUACAGAGACCCGCGCCACCAGCGACUGGUUGUUGUUGCCAAAGACAACGGGCAGCCUGCUCUGUCUGCCACAGUCACCAUCAAGCUGUCCACAGUGGAGACUGCCGUGAAGGCCUACUCUGACAUGACUGAGGUGCCUCUGGAAUACGACAUCUUUUCAGACCUAAACCUGUAUUUGGUCAUCGGUCUGGGCUCGGUGUCAUUUCUCCUGCUCAUCACCAUAUUGGUCACCAUCGUGCUCAAGUGUCAGAAACCCAAGCCCAGCAAAGCGGCUCCUCCCUGCAGGAACAGUGUGAUCAGUGAGAGGAACUCCACCAUCGCAGAUUCCACUCUGGUCUCCAACGAUGCCUACUGGUACAGUCUGUUUCUAGCAGAGACCAGGAAAGGGAAGCUGGUGGUUAGACAGCCUGUGCCAAAGGGCUCCAGAUACAUCGUGUCCAGUCUACCGAGAGGCACAGGACUGACAGACACUAGCGACUCAGCUGCUUCCACUCUGCAGGUAGGAUAUGACCAAAGUUAAAAAUUCUCCUCUACA